GUGUAAAUCAUGCGCUCAUAUAAAAAUGGUCACCAGAUCACUGUGGAACAUUUAAUCAAUGUGGUGCAAGCAACAAUUGAUAAAGUCGAACUUUGUCGUGAUCGAAGAGGAGGCCAUUUUGAACAUUUAGGACCUUAAUGGCACCUUUUUGAAUUUUAUUUUUUGUUUUAAUAAUGCGACAGAUUGAAAAAUCUCGAAACUGGAGAUGCUACAGACCAAAAUAUGUGAAUUGAAAGGGGUUAAUUACCCCCCAUAGACGACUCGAG